UAGCGUGAGCAAGCUGACAUUGUUGACACAUGUGGACACUAGAAAUGUGCUGCAAGAGUUGAGUUGUCUGAUUGUUUGAGUUGUAAUUUUCUCUAUAAUUGACCAAGGUAAGACGUGUUAAUACAAUAGCUGAAUGAACUAUAACAGUGUUAGGUUGCACAGCAUUUAACGUUCACAAAAUUGGUGGAGCUGUUGUGACUGACAAUCUGAUAAGUUCGGGAUGCCAUGCAGCCUUCUAAAGUAGUGAAGUCACUUUCAGAAGUAAAAAAUAAACACUUGAAGGUUAUGCUUGUUUAUUUGGCGAACGUUUUCUCUUUAUAAUGGGGGAGAAUUCGGAACCAGUGCUCCCCUAUAGUUUCGUAUCAAAUCAUGAAGGGUUCAUGGGCACCAUCAAAAACUGCACCCAAGAUUUUGUCGUGACAGAAAUCGACAUCAACGGUCAGCUGGUGACCAAAGCCAAACAUGGGUCACUACCAGGUCAGUUACACAAGGGUAGCGAAAAAAGCCACGAUCCUAAACGACUUAGGAUUGAAGAGAACACUGUAUCCAGCCUCGAGUCAGGCUUGGAGAAAGCCACAGCCAUCCAGUGUGCCACUGACCAAGGUAAAGAUUACAACAGCGAGCUGCUUCAGUCAGAAUGUUUUGACCUGAGUAUAAUCCUGGGGCCUUCUGUGUCUGAAGAGCUGGAGCUUUUCACUACUGCCUUGAGACUAGAAGGCAGAGCUCCUGUUCAUGAUGGUGAUGGUGAUGGUAGUAAGACAGGAGAUGGACAUUUAUCGCUGGGCACGUUCACUGACAAAACCCAGCGAGCCAGCGUCCACAGAGCUGUCCGCCACAACUAUCCGUUUCUGAAGACCGUUACAAACCAGGCGGAGAUCCUUGUGAAAGAAGACUCUGACUUCAAAAAGCUCUCCGGCCUUGUUUCUGAGGAAGAGUGUGAGGACUUUUUCAGGUUUAUAGACGCUAAAGUCUCCGGGUCUACGUUCACAUUCAAGCCAGACGCCAGUAAGGAGCAUAGGACCUGUGUGCAUCAUUUCCUCUCUGGUCGAUUUGGAAAGCUGGUUGAAACGAAGAGCUUCACCAACCAGAAUGGCAGUGCGAUCACGGUGAGGUUGAGAGAGCGAGGCAGACCAAACAAGAAGAGGCCAGCUGCUGAUGCAGAAGGGGAAGACACCACAUACACCGGCUUCACUCUGCAUAAGGAGAAUCUGGAGACGCUGGAGGCCAUCAGCUACAUGGCUGCGGCUCUGGGCAUCCUGCCCUCGCACUUCACCUACGCUGGCAUCAAGGACAAGAGGGCCGUCACCCACCAGAGCAUGGUGGUGAAGAACGUCUCGCCACAACAACUGGAGGAGAAGGUGUCUGACUUUGAGCCGAGAGGAAUCAGGCUGUCUGACAUCCGUGCUGUGUCAGAGCCUCUUCACCUGGGCAGACUUCAGGGAAACCACUUUGACCUUGUCGUCCGGGACCUCCGGCCCCAUCGUAGCCAUCUCCAUGGCGACCUGGAGAAGCUGGUGACCGAAGCCGUGGCGAAUGUUAAGAUGCGAGGCUUUGUGAACUACUAUGGACCACAGAGGUUCGGAAACGCACAGAGUGUUCAAGCUGACCGAGUUGGGCUUGCUCUGCUGAAGGAGAAUAUGGAAGCAGCCAUCAAGCUCUUUUUCACCCCUGAUGAUGAGGAUGACCUGCCAAAUAAAGCCAAACGUCAUUUCCUUAACACAGGUAACGCCAAGGAGAGCCUGGCGCUGAUGCCCGGCUACAAGGUCCGUGAGUGCCUGCUGCUGCGAGCCCUCCACCGCUACGGCGCCGGACCCGAGGGCAGUGCCCACGCCUGGCUCAGCCUGCCCCACGGCAUGCGCGUGUUCUACCUCCACGCCUACUGCAGCCGCGUGUGGAACGACGCCGCCGCCCACAGGCUGCGCACGCUGGGGGCCGAGCCCGCGCAGGGAGACCUGGUCUGGGCAGCAGCGGCGGGGGAGAGGGACGCAGGGCAGGCCACGGAGGCUGCCACACCAUCAACACAGAUCCAUGUGGUGACUGCAGCCGAGGUGGAAGAGGGAGUGUUUUCACUUGAACAGGUGGUUCUGCCGAUGCCAGGGAACACCGUUCAGUACCCGGAGAACCUUCUGGGCCAGUGGUACCGGGAGAGGCUGGCACAGGACGGCCUUGGCUCCUGCCGGUUCCGAGUUCCUGCGCUGAAGCUGAACGUGCCGGGCUGCUAUCGCCCCCUGCUGGCGCGCGCCCACAACCUCACACACACACUCUGUAAACACACACUUCCCAUACACACACUCCUCACACACCCCAGGGAGGAGGGGGAGGAGGACACACACGUUAGUGCUGAUGAUGACGAUGGUGUCGAUGGGCGGUCGGAGCAGACACACACGCCGUCUCUGUCUCUGACGUUUGAUCUGGACGCUUCCUGCUACGCCACCGUGUUCCUCAGGGAGGUGAUGAGGUGUGAUCUGUGAAUCUCGUCUCCAUGGUGAUGAGGUGUGAUCUGUGAAUCUCGUCUCCAUAGUAAUGCCAUAGUGAUAUUUGUUUUUGUUUUUGUCAGACAGUGUUCCGGUGUGGUGUAGACUAAUGUUGUGUUCCCAUUUUCAAUUGAGAAUGCUUGAUAUAUAUUAUAAUAUAAUAUCUUAUUCUCAAGUCAUGACCAGUCUUCAACAGCAACUGUGUGUUUGUGCAGGUGCUGAUGUCAGUUUCCUUAUAUUGCAUUAGGGAUCUACUGCAUAUGGACUAAUCUUAGUACUAGACUAAAGCCCUUUUCAAUUAAUUAGUAUUACAAGUCUUAAAGGAACAUGGACUUUAGCUUUGGCUACACGCACGGAGAUGAGAAGGGUAUGUGUCGACUUAGCUAACUGUGGGGAAUACGGUUAAUAAGCUAAAGUGCCAAAAAGUCUGUGAGUCCCAUUAAUCCAUGAAGGGAUAAACUAUCAGAGAUGUUUAAGAGUGGCCACUAGGUGGCACUCUCACACCAUGACUACUAGCGCCCAAUAUAGGGCGCUAAUGACUACUGUUGAAAGUCAAUGAAGAGUAAACGUUUUUUGGUGCCUGUC